CCAAUCUACCAUCUCCCAUCCUUCAUUCACCCCCUCCCUCUCCCUCUCCCUCUCUCUCUCUCUCUCUCUCUCUCUCUCUCUCUCUCUCCUGCAUUUGUGUGUGAGAAUUGAGAAAAACAAAAUGAACUUUAAUUGCAAAUCAUCAUAUGCAUACUCAAAGAUGGAAAUGGAAGAUCCAGAAGAGAUAAAGAGCAGAAAAGCAAGAUUCUUGAUCUACAAAUCAUUGGAAAAGGCAGACGAAUCGAUCCGAAAAAGCCGAAAACCAUCUUGGUUGAAAGUAAGGAUAUUCAAACUGAAGAUCAAGUUUGGGAAGAAUAUGAAGAAGUUGAAGAAAAGCUUGUUGGUUGCAAGCAGGUGUGGGGCAGCAAGAGUUGGUGUUUUUCAACAAUGGAAGAACAUGUUUACUAUUAGAAAGGCAAUGCUCAAGAUCCCCACAGUAUUACCAUCAAUCCAAUGAUCUGUUCUCCUCUUCAUGUCAUAUGUUUGUUCAAAAUUUUGAGUUCUUUUUAUUUCUAUAUGUUCUUAUGAGAAUCACAAUAUUUAUCAUUGUGAUUGGGAUAUUAGCUUGAUAAAGGUUGGAACUUGUUUUUUGGGAAAGUUUUCAAAUUAUAUAUUAUAUAUAGAGUUAUAUGUUUGUGAAUCAUA